AUGGCCUUGAAAGAAGUUCAAAUUAUGCUUGAUCGAGUUCAAACUCUCGAACAUGUUACUGGUUAUAUUUGUAUGACAUCAAGUGGUAUGCCUAUUCGAACAAAUUUUGAUGAGGAAUAUACGAAAAAUUUAGUAACACAAUUACAACCGUUUCUUGAACGUAUCAAACGUACAAUAAAUCAUAUCGGCUUAAAAGAAGUUGUUGAAUUACGUUUAAAGACAAAGAAAUUAGAAUAUCUUUUACGAGCAGAUAAUAUAUGUACUUUCAUUGUUGUGCAACGACAUGCAGAAGAUAAAAAUGGAAUUGAUGAAUAA